GCAGCGGCGGGUUUUUGGGUAGCAACGAGAAAAUGCAUCAACAACAUUCACUCAACUCUAAAAUGAGGCUAAGUAGGGGGAAGAACCCAGUGGACAGAAACUCAUCAGUCAGUCAUGAUUUAGAGAGAUGUUCCCUUAACACACGCACUGAAGCUAACUCAGCUAUUAUACAGAAGCUAGAAGGGGAAAACGCCAAGCUGAAAAUGCAGUACGAGGAUCUAAGGUGUCAGUAUGUGCAGCUCCUCCAGGAGGCCAAAGAGGAGAAGUUUGAGGAGCGGAGAGUCAAUCUGCUCAAGGCUCAGGUGAUGCAGCUGGAGAGACAGGUGGUUUUGUUGUCUGAGGGCUUGAGCUCGCAGCUCUGCCGCAGUCAGGAUGUGGAAAAAGCCCUUGAUCCUCUAACUCUGAGAUUAAGAUCCCUGCUGAGUGUAGAGUCUACCGGUGCUGAUGUGACCAUCGGUCGGACAGAGCUCACCCAGCUUAUAGAACGAUGUGAGGAUGUGAAACAGAAGCUGCACAGGAAUAAUAAGGUGACUUCACCGGAGGACCUCGCUAUGCCCUGGCUGCUGAGCGGGUCAAAGCUAACUAAACAGCCCAUCACCCUGCUGGAUCUGUGCUAUGGCAAGACAAAUAACCUAAACCUUCAGCAAGUGAGCUCUCUGGAGUCGAACCUCAGCCAGCUGUUCAAACACCUGCAUGGAACAAGGCAAACUCUCAGCCUCAUCCUUGCACCUCAACAAGAACCCCCUAGUACUGCGCUACCUUCCGCCCCGACAGCUGUCUACGCUCGGCUGCUGAACCAAGCUCACCGCUGCUGCGCAAUCCUGGAUCAGUGCUGCUCUGACCUCUUAACCCUGUCCCUCAUCGUACCCUCGGCACCCUGGACUGGCCCAAAGCAGCGAGUGAUUCCGGAGCUGGAGGUGGAGAAUAUCCUGGCAGCGCUGCCAGCCUUUCCCCGGGGAGCACCCCUCCAGCGGGCGAGGCGCACCGCCCAGGCUCUCAGCCGGGCCAGCAAUUACUCACUGCUCAUGCUCCAACAGCAGGUAGAAGCUCUGGAGGCUGAGCUGGAGUUCCACAGGAGUUUGUACAGCCUGCAGGUUCAAACUAUAGAGCAGCUUUUCCAGGGAAUCCGCCAGGCUUACCAAGCCUUUCAGGAGAACAUCUACCAGAGUCUGUGUGCUCCUCUACAAGAUGUCCUUUCAUGUUACGAGGAUCUGAGGCGUACCGCGUCGGAGCCUGCGCUUCACCGCUUCCUGUCAGCUUUUAAGAGAAACUUGGCGCAGAUACAAGAGGCGGUGGAAGCCUUUUGCCCUUCAAAGAGUGCAGGAGACGAAGCCCUAGCACAGUACGGCCGUGAAUUCCUGCAGGCUGUGGAGAAGCUCCUGCAAGAGUGCGCAGAGGAGAGAGAAAACGCAUCCGGUCAGCUGCACGUCCUCCAGCGAGAGCAGCAGCAGGCUCUUCAGACCCUGCACACCCUACAAGCCCAGAGGAAGAAAGAAGCCUCGGAGGGAGAUCAGAUCCCCACAACCUGUGCUCAGAGAACUACACGCGAAUGUCUGGCUGAACCUGAACAGUCUGAAGGAGCAGGAAAAUCUGAUGGAGGUGCUGCUAAAGAACCCUCCAUUGAAUCAGCCGAGCAGGGAAACAAUGGGAUCCAGAGGACUCGGUCAGCAGACAGCUCCAUGAAUAGUUCCUCUCAGCUGACAGGGGUAAAUCAGAGGCUGGGUAAAGCCCAUGAGGGGCAGAAAAAGAGGAGUUCUUUCAGGAGCAAGAGCAGGAAAGUAGAAGCUAGACCUGAGUGGCAAACCUAGACAUGCUUCUGUAUUGACAUGUUUUCACUUAUACAGCUGAAUAUUAUUACAUUUUAUCAACCUGCUAACUCAAUUGGCUAGUUACCCUUUUUUAAGAGCUCACCCUAUCAAAACCCCACUUCUCACCCAAUGGGCUGUUUUUCCAACAGUGCAUAGUGCACGGAAUGAAGUGACCAUGACUUAAUGGCAUUAAUGCAUCUGUUACAUCCGUCUGCCCAUAACUUUACAUCAAAACUGUUCAAUUCUCUUUUAUCUCAAUAAAUAUUGACGUAAAUUAUUGAAGACUCAGCGCCCAGGUGGCGCAGAGGGAUAUUUCGCUAGCACACCAGCGCCAUCAAAACCCCACUUAACACCCAACUGACUAAUUUUCCAACAGUGCAUAGUACACAGAAUGAAGUCACCAUGACCUAAUAGCAAUAUUUUGUGACUCCAUUGGCAUGUCCACGUAUUGUCCUGACCCCCUAGGUUGAGAACCUUUGCGCUCACCGACAGCUGUGUCUUCAUAGAUCUUAGCACUAAGCUGUACAAAUCUGAACAGAAGCUAAAAACAGUUAAAUGCUCUUUUAUCUUCAUAAAUAUUGGCGUAAAUUACAGUAUUAAUGACUCACCCAGACUGAUUGGUCUUUAAUUGGCUGAUGCAUGACCAUGUCAAAGUAUGUCUUUAUGUUUGUAUGUUUAGUGACCCUAUUUUAAGGGCUCCAUUGGCACGUCCAUGUGGUGUCCUGACGCCCAGGUUGAGAACCUUUGUGCUCACUGACAGCUGUGUUUAUAGAUCCUAGCGUUGAGUUGUACUAAUCUGAAUGGAAGCUAAAAACAGUUAAAUUCUUGUUUAUCUUAAUAAAUAUUGACAUAAAUUAUA